GCAACCAGGUCAAGGCGGGUGGAAAUUUACUGUCAACUGCCGAACCGCUCGUCUAGACCGCGCCGCGGCCCCUCGCCACCUGAAACUGACAGCUGCCGGAUAGCAAACCCGGAUAGGUGCCUUACGAGGCUUUUGACGGGCGUCUCAAGAUCGGUGCUAUGUUUCUGAUACACGGCAGGGUACAUUGCAGUCAGAGGCCCGCAAAAUGCUUCUACGGUACGAUUUGUCUCUGCAAGUCGGAGUUUUGAUCUUUUUAUAUCCUGUGCGCCGUUGCACAUGUCGCGUGGAGCGGAAGGUAUGGAAUGUGACACCCGACGUCUGCUCAAGUAUUGAUUCGAUGCUGUCCCCUCUGGUCGCAUAUCGCGUCGAUGAGGCCUCACACAUGCUCCGAGUAGUAAACAAAGGUGAAAAGAUCUACAGUUGUGAUCGCUUGUUGAUCAUCUAUGAUUGCGCGGCCCCCUGGCGGGUCGGUAGCUUCCGUCCAAGGAAGGCAGCCGAUGGGGUUUUGAGAAAACGGACUGGGAUGACAGGGAGAGUAGCGUGCUGUGAGCCGCUCAUCUGCGAGAAUGGACCGAAUGCGUCUUGGCGGACCCGAAGUUGAGUUCUGCAACCCGAGUUUGACGUGCGAUCGGCCCUCCGAUAAGACGCCGUUGGAGGCAGGCUAAAAUUUCGCCGGUGAUCUUUCGCCUGGCGGCUUCCAACCAUGACGAUCAGCACAUGUCAGUCCCGAACAGGAUGUCAUGCAGAAAAUCUCUCAGACGCUUGGA